AUGAGGAAGAUCCUCAUCGAUCACAGCAACUCGGUUUUACAGCCUGUUGUCAUGCAAAAGGCCGUCAGCAUCAGCAAAGCCAUAAAUACGCAAGAAGCCCCAGUGAAGGAGAAACAUGCUCGCCGGAUCAUCCUGGGGACGCACCACGAGAAGGGAGCCUUCACCUUCUGGUCCUACGCCAUCGGGCUGCCCCUGCCCAGCAGCGCCAUCCUCAGCUGGAAGUUCUGCCACGUCCUGCACAAGGUCCUGCGCGAUGGCCACCCCAACGUCCUCCAGGACUGCCAGAGGUACCGCAGCAACAUCCGAGAGACGGGGGAACUGUGGGGCCAUUUGCACGACAGGUACGGGCAGCUGGUGAGCAUCUACACGCGGCUCCUCCUCACCAAGAUCUCCUUCCACACCAAGCAUCCCGAGUUCCCCCCAGGCCUUGAAGUGUCAGACGAGGUGCUGGAAAAGACUGCGGGGACGGACGUGAACAACAUAUUCCAGCUGACGGUCGAGCUGUUCGACUACCUGGACUGUGAGCUGAAGCUGUCGGAGUCAGUUUUCAGGCAGCUCAACACCUCGAUGGCGGUCUCGCAGAUGUCGGCGGGGCAGUGCCCACAAACACGGUCCACCAGGACCGGCACCCACCUCUAGCACUACGUCGUCAAGUUAAUGUUCAAGCUGCACUCCUGUCUGCCGGCCGACACACUGCAGGGACACCGAGACCGUUUCCACGAGCAGUUUCGCAGCCUCAAAAACUUCUUUAAGAAAGCAUCCGACAUGCUGUAUUUCAAGCGGCUCAUCCAGAUCCCUCGGCUGCCAGAGAGCCCCCCGAACUUCUUGCGGGCAUCCGCGCUGGCCGAGCAUGUGAAGCCGGUGGUCGUCAUCCCUGAGGAAGCCCCUGAGGACGAGGAGCCGGAGAACCUCAUUGAGAUCAGCACAGCUUCCACCACGGAGCCGCAGAUCACCUCAGAUAUAUUUGAGCAAACCUUCGGGCCACCCAACGGCAUUCGGGAUGACAGGGAUGCGCAGAUCGAGAGCCUGAAGAAGGAGGUGGACAUGCUCCGUGCAGAGAUGGAGAAGAUUAAACUGGAGGCGCAGCGGUACAUCACGCAGCUCAAGGCGCAGGUGAACAGCCUGGAAGGUGAAGUGGAGGAGCAGCGCAAGCAGAAGCAGAAGGCGCUGGUGGACAACGAGCAGCUGCGGGAUGAGCUGGAGAGGCUGCAGAAGGCAAAGCAGGACAGCGACAGGUCCCAGCGGCUCUGCGCCGAAGCAGAAAAGAAAGCCAACGCCACCGAGAUCCGCUACACGAAGCUGAAGGAGAAGCACAGCGAGCUCAUCAACACGCACGCUGAGCUCCUGAGGAAGAACGCCGACACGGCCAAGCAGCUGACGGUCACGCAGCAGAGCCAGGAGGAGGUGGCACGCGUCAAGGAGCAGCUGGCGUUUCAGGUGGAGCAGGUCAAGCGGGAGGCUGAGAUGAAG